AUGUUGGCAACAUCUCAAAGUGCCAGCCCGCAGGGUAAUGGAGUCGAUGCGUCCUCCAACGACAACAUCGUGCCCCGCCACUUUGUCCACAAUACGUACGAGCGUCUAAAAGACCGAUAUGCAAAAUAUUUGUGCGAUCAUUGGGUUGAGAAAAUUGAGCCUGUCAAACAUAUCAAUGAAGACCUAAGUAUGGCUGCAUUUCUGAUUGAGCUGUGGCGCACCAUGUACGGAGCAGUGCUGGCAGCCGAAACCACCAAAGAAACCGAGAUCAACACCCGAUUCCCCGGGUUCAUUGAUAUCGCGUGUGGGAACGGUGUGGUUGUAUACCUGCUUUUAAUGGAAGGUUAUUCUGGCUGUGGAUACGAUGCUCGUCGCCGCCAAACAUGGAAUAUUUUCCCAGGUUCAGUGCAAGAGCGACUGAUGGAGAAGAUUUACGUCCCGAAACAAUUCGCAGACUGCGUUGAAACCGACAGUAUAGGCGUGGACAUCCAUACAGGAGACUUUCCACCUGACACAUUCAUCAUCUCGAAUCAUGCCGAUGAGCUGACCCUAUGGACUCCACUAAUGUCAGCUCUAGCUUGCCCUGCCUCCCCGCUUCCUUUCCUUGCUAUACCAUGCUGUUCGCAUUCACUUUCAGGGUCCAGCUACCGCUUCCCUCCACCGAGCAAAACAGCCACCGAAAACUCAGGAAUUAAAUCAAUUCAAAUGCAAGAUGAUGUCAUCGAACAAAACCCCCAGCCCGCAUCAGGAGAUCUGAGGGCCCUGAGAGCAGCAAAAGCAAAAGAAAAAACGGCAGACGGCAAGGCCAGCUCAAUGUACGGCUCGCUUACAGCAAAGACCAUGCAAAUCGCCCAGGAAAUCGGGUACGAAGUCGAAUCAUCCCAGCUCCAAAUCCCCAGUACCCGCAAUACGGUCAUAGUGGGGGGUCGGCAAUUAGUAGCACGGCAACGAGAAGGAUCUCGAGACGAGAACUCGGCCCCCGCAUCGGUGGACCCUCAGACCGACAAAGGUGCUGAGCUUCUACAAAAGAUUCAGGAGAUUGUCGAACGUGAAUGCUUCAAGGAUGGAGGAAUCCAGCAUGCCGCACGGACCUGGAUCGAACGCGCUCGGAGCCUACAUGAGGGGAUGGGACUGGAAACCCAUGAUCUGAUGUCGUGA